ACCAGAAAAAUGGGUGAUGAUGAUUUUUCAAGGGGUCGCCGUGAGCAUCUCAGAAUAGACUUGGACCAUCUGAAGGAUACCUUGACUAAAACACUAGAAUCAUACACUGAAACAGUGCAAUCAUAUAGCGAUUUAAUGCAGAAGGCACUCAUCGAAAAUCCUUACUUUGAUCAUAGCGAUUUCUUGAAACUUCACCAAAACUCUAAAACCACAGCCAUUGAACCGUUCCAAUCACAACACAAUGGAGACAAUAAGCUUAGUUCUGUGGUCCAACGAAAAAUCGAAGCAAAUAUUGAGCAAAAAAUGCCACCAUUAGAGGCAGGAAAUGAAGCAAAGCGUCAAGAUUUCCUAAAAAGGGCCAAUUUACAUAGUGAAACGGUGAGUCGAGAGUUGAAAGCGUCGUCCGAGAACAGAGUACGAGCUGGAAUUGGUGGGUCAUUCUUGAGCGACCAUGACUUCGUCAACUUGUUUUUAAACAUGAAAUCAACGAUUCUGCAAGAGUUUGCUUCUAGGAAGAUGGGCGAUGAUGAGCUGUCCACACAAGCUCAUCAAUUCUACCGCAAAGAACUCGAGGGAAGCAUAGAUAACUUGCGAAUUGUUUUGAAACAAGCGAAUGAGGCGCAUAGACCACCAAGAGAGCCGAGCAAUUGGGUUCAAUUCCGUGAUUCAAUUCGUCGAGGACUAGGAAUCAUUCACUAAUAUGUGUAAAAUGUAGAAAAUUAUGUACACAAUGAAGACCAUGCAAAAAUAUUUGUAUUUGAAUUACAAAGAUAU